AGCUCGGACGAUUCACAAGAUGAGGAGUAUGAAGCGAUCGACGCCGGCCAGGCACGCAAGGAAGACCUGUUCAGAUUUGGCACUGCCGCCAAGCUCAUAGGCGUCCAACGCCGUGCUUAUGCUGAACCAUGCUUGUUUGUUGAAGGAGUGCGGCGGUUUACAAUUGGGAAAGUUCUGAAAGAAAGGCCUUUCUUUGAAGCCGAGGUUGUUCUACAUGACGAGCCUGUUCCCUCCGCGAAGGACUCCGAGGUUACAGAUCUUUUCCAGCACCUUAAACAACUAUCUCGAGAACUCUUGGCUCUUCUGAGACUUGCGUCUCUUAUACCCUCCGCGUCGCCGAGUCUCUCUCCGACGGUUGCACGCAGAUUCGAGCUGUUUAUCUCCCGUAAGGACCUGUCUCAGGCCGGAGUACUUGCGGACUUCAUGGCGGAUGUUGUUGAGUCGAGUUUUGAGGAGAAAUUGCGCGUUCUUGCGUCCGUCAAUAUCAAAGACAGGUUGGAGCGGGUCAUUGAACUGCUGAACAGGCAGGUUCAAACCAUCAAGAACAAUGUCAAGAUCACAUCGAUCACAACCACAAGUUUCCCGCCAAACUCUGCGCUUGAUAUCAGUCAAAUCGAUCCACGACUGACUAGAAGGGCGAUGACUGGUGUCAAUGGUUUUGGGCCAGGAAACGGAAGAGGCGACGACUCGGAUGAAAAGGAGCCGAAUGAAAUUGAUGAACUUCAGCAGAGACUUGAGGAAGCGCAGCUGAGCCCAGAAGCACGAAAAGUUGCCGACAGAGAGCUCAAGCGUUUGCGCAAGAUGAACCCUGUCAACGCCGAGUAUGGAGUUUGCCGGACUUAUCUCGAAAAUCUAGCGGAAAUUCCAUGGAACAAAGUAACCGAGGACCAAUUCGGAGCCGACACUCUCCAACGUGCGAGGAAGCAACUUGAUGAUGAUCACUACGGAUUGGAGAAAAUCAAGAAGCGUCUGCUCGAAUACCUGGCUGUGUUAAAGCUGAAACAUUCAGUCAAUGAAGAUCUGGAACGCCAAAUCUCACAGAUCUCGGAAACUCUCAAUACUUCGGCCAAGGAUGGGAAGGAAGGAACUUCUGGGUCAGAUGCUGAAAGAGAAAGUUUGGAAACAAAAUUACAACUGUUGAAGUCGAAACGUAUGAUCGACAAGUCACCGAUUCUGCUCCUAGUAGGCCCUCCUGGCACGGGUAAGACGAGCCUGGCGAAAUCAGUGGCCGCUUCCCUGGGGCGCAAAUUCCAUCGAAUCUCUCUCGGUGGUGUGAGAGAUGAAGCUGAAAUCAGAGGCCAUCGGAGGACAUACGUUGCAGCUAUGCCUGGCUUGAUCGUCAACGGCCUGAAGAAAGUUGGCGUCUCGAAUCCGGUAUUCUUGCUGGACGAGAUUGACAAGAUUGGAGGCGCCAACUUCCACGGUGAUCCAUCGGCAGCUAUGCUGGAGGUGUUGGACCCCGAACAGAACCACAGCUUCACUGACCACUACGUCAAUAUCCCUAUUGAUUUGAGCAAAGUUCUCUUCAUCGCCACUGCCAACUCGUUGGAUACUAUUCCGCCACCGCUGUUGGACCGCAUGGAGACGAUCACGUUGUCCGGCUACACCACUGUGGAGAAGAAGCACAUUGCCAAACAACAUCUGAUUCCGAAGCAGAUCAGGACGAACGGUCUUUCGGAGGGUCAAGUUCUCCUUUCCGAUGAGGUAAUCGAGAAGAUCAUCACGGCCUAUACUCGGGAAUCGGGUGUCCGCAAUCUGGAGCGCGAGAUCGGCUCUGUUUGCCGUUACAAGGCCGUCCAGUAUGCGGAUGCAAAGGACGCCAACAAACUAGAUACAUAUAACCCCAAGGUGUCUGUAGAAGACCUGGAGGAGAUUCUUGGCGUCGAACGGUUUGACGAGGAGAUCGCCGAGAAGCACUCCAGACCGGGAGUCGUCACUGGACUUGUGGCGUAUUCGACUGGUGGGCAGGGCAGUAUCUUGUUCAUCGAAGUGGCAGAUAUGCCCGGUAAUGGCCGUGUGCAGCUGACUGGAAAGCUGGGCGACGUUCUUAAGGAGUCCGUGGAAGUUGCACUGACCUGGGUGAAGGCCCACUCGUUUGAACUGGGGUUGAGUCACGACCCCAAUGAGGACAUCAUGAAGAACCGCAGUCUUCACGUCCACUGCCCAUCCGGAGCUAUUCCCAAGGACGGACCGUCCGCCGGUCUUGCCCACACAAUCGCUCUGAUUUCGCUCUUCUCUGGCAAACCCGUGCCUCCCCAAAUUGCGAUGACCGGAGAAGUAUCUCUAAGAGGCCGAGUGAUGCCUGUGGGCGGUAUCAAGGAGAAACUCAUUGGCGCAUUGCGUGCUGGGGUGAAGACGGUGCUCCUUCCGUAUGCUAACCGCAAGGACGUCAAGGAUGUGCCUCAGGAGGUCAAGGAUGGCCUCGAGAUCAUCUACGUGAAGCAUAUCUGGGAAGCGAUUACCCAUGUUUGGCCCCAGGCUCACUGGCCAGGCCAUCAACAAUUGAGCAUGUUUGAAAGCAGACUGUGA